CGUCUCGCGCUCUGCCGUGUUUGAGGAGCUGUUAAACGGUGUUCGGUGUCGCCACGCGGACGAUUUCUGUACCUGGACCUCUUGUAUUAAUGAAUGAACCCGUGUUGUUUCAGCACAGAACAGCGUCGCUCCUGUCAGAUGAUGAACCCGGAUCUGUUGAAGCCGGAGCGCUUUUCACCAGCGCCACAAAAACCGAACCGGAGCAAAUGUGAACAAACGAAAAUGGAGUCGCAGGUGGUGAUGGACUCAAAAACUGGAAGGUCUUAUUCCAAAGGAAAGCUUUUGGGAAAGGGAGGGUUUGCUCGAUGUUAUGAGAUGACUGAUCUUUCCAGCAACAAGAUGUAUGCAGUGAAGGUUAUUCCACAAAGCAGAGUCUCCAAGCCACACCAGAGAGACAAGAUAACGAAUGAAAUCGAGCUGCACAAAACCCUCCAGCACAAACAUGUUGUCAAGUUUUCUCAUCAUUUUGAAGAUCAGGACAACAUCUACAUCUUCCUUGAGCUCUGCAGCAGAAAGUCCUUGGCACAUAUCUGGAAAGCACGACACACCCUGACAGACCCUGAAGUACGUUACUACCUCAGGCAAAUCAUUUCUGGCCUCAAAUACCUCCACAACAAAAGAAUCCUCCACAGAGACCUCAAAUUAGGUAAUUUCUUUGUAAAUGAGAAUAUGGAAUUGAGAUUAGGAGAUUUUGGGCUGGCAGCAAAAAUGGAGACUGUUGAGCAACGGAAAAAAACUAUCUGUGGAACACCAAACUACCUGGCACCAGAAGUAUUAAAUCGUCAAGGACAUGGGACUGAGUCAGAUGUUUGGUCACUGGGUUGUGUGAUGUAUACACUUCUAUGUGGGAGUCCCCCAUUUGAAACAUUAGACUUGAAAGAAACUUACAAAUGCAUCAAAGAAGUGAAGUAUACACUUCCACCAUCACUCUCUCCAGCAGCACAGAAGUUAAUCUCUGCAAUUCUGCAAAAGAACCCCAAUGAUCGCCUUACUCUCGACCAGAUACUUGCUCAUGAGUAUUUCAGCAAGGCCUUUACUCCAGACAAACUUCCACCCAGCGCAUGUGUGAUGGUGCCAGAGCUCAACCCACCCAGCCCUGCCAAGAAGUUCUUCACCAAGAUGGCCAAGAGCCUCUUUUGCAAGAAGAAAUCCAAAGCAGAGAAGAACCCCAGUGAGGACAAGGAGGACAUCUCCAAGCUUGUCUCAGGCAUGGUGAAGCACUCUAUUACCCGGCAGAUCAGCCACAAGACAGUGGGAGUGAACGAGGUUUCAUCUCCAGCAGGACAACUGGCUGUUUCAGGGCCCUUAGACACACCAGCCGAGGACGAAUCCAGAAAGUCAACAUCUUGUUCCUUCAAAGGCACAGUUGCCAGCAGUACUGAUGGAGGUGAAGACUUACUGACCCCAGCUGCUGUAGCUGAGGCUGCAGUGAAGGUCCUUGUUAAUUGCUUGUCCACCAUGCCAUCAGCAUCUAAGAACGGUGCAUGUGUCACAAAGCCUAAACCUUUCGUCUGGGUGACCAAGUGGGUAGACUACUCCAAUAAGUAUGGCUUUGGCUACCAGCUCUCCAAUCAGAACGUGGGAGUCCUCUUCAACGAAGGCACUCAUCUGAGUCUAUGUGACCAGAGAAGGGUGGUUCGUUAUUGUUUGACAAACAAUAAACAUUUCACCUUCCAAGCGGCUGCACUACCAGAACAGCUUCAGAGCCAGAAACACAUUGUGGAGCUGAUGGCCAAUUACAUGGAGCAGAAUCUCAUGGAGGGUGGAGAUCUGGGGUGUGAAGACCAGCCAUCUCCUACUGACUGUCCCCUUCUCCUGCAGUGGAUGAAGACCGACCAUGCCUUAGUUAUGCUUUUUAACAAUGGUUCACUACAGGUGAACUUCUAUACUGAUCACACCAAGAUUAUCUUGUCCAAGUUGGCAGACACGUACUUGUUGACCUAUAUUAACCGUGAGCGGGUCUCCACCUCAUAUGCUCUGAACACACUCGGCGAGCAUGGCUGCUCCUCUGAGCUGCGCCACCGGCUCCAUUACAUGGUGCAGCUGCUGCAGCACUACACCAAAACAUAAAUGAACCACAAAAAGGACUUAAAGUCAAAAAGGUCUACUACUGAAAUCAUAUCUGGAGAAAGUUGCAUAAAGUUCUCCGAACCCAAAUUCUGGCCUCCUUGGACUUGGGGUGCACUGUUUUGGAUUUAGUUUUCUUUUCUAUGUCACACUGACACUACCAGCUUGACUUCACCAUGUACACAACAAAGUGACAAGGAGAUGGAAGAGAACUUGCGUGAUGAGGAUGAGGCUUUCUGUUUGAUCACCAGCCUUCACACUGUCUUGAAUAUAGACAUUUAUUAUUUCACUUAACGGCACACAUCAAGCAUGGAAAGCUGAUGAUUCCAAACAUUUUAAGAAUGAUCUAGUUUUAUACCUGGAGGGGCUAGUAUUCUGCAGCUGGACCGGCUAUAAACCAUAUUGAGAAGUGAAGUGAGUAAAGUGCCUUUCUGAGGAACAUCUUCUGGGUUGUGCAAUAAUAGCCCUUCUGUAUCUUAAGCUCAAAUAACAAAGGUAUCAGAAAGGGCUUGUGCAGUGGAGCUUUAUUUUUCUGCUUUCAUUUCAGUUUGGAUUGUGUUUAAAUGGAUGGAGAUAAACACUACAAACACCUGCUAUAAGCUUUUUGCCUGGUACAAGAUGUUGUGUAAUAUCCUCUCUCAGAUGAAACAUUAAAUGUUUUUCGUUUGUACCUCCAACUGUUUACAUCAUGACCACCACCACCAUGUGGCAUUGUUCUAAAUACUGUGACUGACUGUAGUGCUUAAGAAAUAAGUAUUUUUUUUUUUUCCAUCCCAUCACUGGGAGUCAUCUUUCCAGGCAAUUUUUUGGCACAUAUUUAUGUUUUUAUUUAUUUUUAUUUAUUUAUGUAACUAUGGUGUUAUCACUGUGUAAAUGUUCAGGAUCACUUUUUUAUGUAUUGGUAUCUUGAAAUCAUAAGGGGGGAAUAAAGUUUGUUGCUUAUGCAUA